UGUGGGUCCCGCCGGGCUGCAGUCGAGGCGGCGGGCGCGGAGCCGGCGGCGGGAGGUGGCUGCGGGAAGGCGCGAGGGGCUCCGUCGCCCCCCGGACGAGCCGAGCAUGGAGAAGGGGUUACCGACUGCGGCCUCCGGCCUGGCCAGCGGGAUGCCCCGCCCGUCGUAUUAAAUCGGCGGCGAGCUCGGUGAAGCGAAGCGAGGCGGUGCGGCGCGGCGAGGCGAGCCUGAGGCGAGCCUCGCGGCCGUGUGUGAGCGUGACUUGAGGUGUCGGCGGCGGCUCCGGCGGCGUCCUCAGAGCCGGUGCGGGACUGUGCGGGAAAGGGGCCGCGGCGCCGCCCCCGCCUCCUCCCCUCGCCUGGCGGGGCUGAGGCGGGCGGGCGAGCGGGCGGCAUGAGCGCGGCUCCUUGAAGGGCCGGCGGAGCAGGGAUCGCUCCGGGAGUCGCGGCCGGCGGAUCGGACUCUGCUGGGACCUGCCAUGAAUCCCCUGGCUCCUCCCAUGGCAUGAGCCCGUGCUCUCCUCCCCCCUCCGCCUGCUUUUGGUCUUUCUCCGCUCCUGGGCUGUCAGAUGGGAUAAAAUACACCCGGGCUGUGUGCGGCUCGGCGCUGCCGCGGGAGGAGCGGCGGAGGCACCCGGUGACGGCCCCUCGGCUCGCCCGGAGUCGAAGAUGAGCUGGCGGUGGGUUCGUCAGCACCGGAACGGCUCCUCCGUCCUGCUACUGCUGCUGCUGCUGCUCUGGCACUGCCGGGUCGGUCCGGCCGGCGCAGACAACGCCAGCCAGGCGUAUUACACCGCCCUCAUCAACGUGACGGUGCUGAGCCCCGAGCGGGGCGGCCCCACGCUGCUGAGGAUCGACCGCGGCCGGUACGGGCAGGAUUCCCCCAAGGUGGAGGUCAAGGGCCUGCUGGUGGCUCCCGUGCCCAUCAACGGAGUUGCAGAUCGCCUGGGCUGUGACCCUCGAACACGUUUCCAGGUUCCACCAAACACCAAGCAGUGGAUUGCUUUACUACAGCGAGGAAACUGCACAUUUAGAGAGAAAAUCCUGCGUGCAGCUUCCCAUAAUGCCACAGCUGUGGUCAUUUACAACAAUAUAUCCAGUGAAGAACCUGUCACAAUGACUCAUCAAGGAACUGGAGACAUUGUUGCUGUCAUGAUUACAGAAUCAAAGGUUAAGGAGAUCCUGAAUUACUUGGAAAAGAAUAUCUCUGUCCUGAUGGCAAUAGCAGUGGGGUCCCGUGUUCCUCCAAAAAACUUCAGUCGGGGGUCUCUAGUUUUUGUGUCAAUAUCAUUCAUUGUUUUGAUGAUAAUUUCUUCAGCAUGGUUAAUAUUUUACUUCAUCCAGAAGAUUAGGUACACCAGUGCACGUGACAGAAAUCAGCGUCGUCUUGGAGAUGCUGCCAAGAAAGCCAUCGGUAAAUUGACAACCAGGACAGUAAAGAAGGGUGAUAAGGAAACAGACCCAGACUUUGAUCACUGUGCUGUUUGCAUUGAGAGUUACAAGCAGAACGAUGUUGUUCGCAUUUUACCCUGCAAGCAUGUUUUCCACAAAGCCUGUGUGGACCCAUGGCUUAGUGAGCACUGUACGUGUCCAAUGUGUAAACUGAACAUUCUGAAGGCACUGGGAAUUGUGCCAAACGUGCCCUGUACAGAUAAUGUAGCCUUUGACAUGGAGAGGCUCACCAGGGGCCAGCCUGCCAGCAGGCGAGCGGCGCUCGGUGACUUUGCCAACGAGGGCUCCCUCAGCCUGGAGCCCCUGCGCACCUCGGGAAUGUCACAGCUUCCACAGGAUGGGGAGCUCACACCAAGGUCAGGAGAGAUCAACAUUGCUGUGACAAGCAGUCACUUCUUUCAUCGUAACUCUCUGUCCCCUCGAAGCCUGGUCUACGAGAGCGAGUUCUCAACCAUCGAGCCUGCCCUGGACAUGUAUGAUGAGAACAAAACCUGAAAGGAAUCCAUGCUCCUUCCUGGCCCUUUUCCCGUUUUUUCAUUUCUCAUUCCUAUUGUUGUGUACUCUUUCCAUGGAUCUCCUUUGUCUGAAGAAGAGCUGCUUUUUCCAGAACACGAACCCACCUUCUCGAUUGCACAGAUGAAGACCAGACCUGGUGGUUUCUGAGGGUGGCAUCUUUGAGCUGACAAAGAGUUGCACGCAAGCAAGAUUGUCUGAUGGAAAUUGCUGAGUGGCAGCACGGGGAGCUGUGUCGGCCCAGCCACAGCGAUGCAGAAGAGGUUUUAUGGUGGCCCUAAGAGUUUGUGUUGGACUGCAAAUGCCUCUCGUACGCAGGCGUCUGCUGCUUCCGUUUCUUUAAUUGUCCAGAUGGUUGAGUCAUGUCAGAAAAGGAACUGGUUGUAGAGGAGAUGGUCAGUGACUGGUAAAAGCACUCGUAUAUCUUGGUCAGUCCAUAACCUUACUGUGAAAUAGCCCCUUCUGCAAGGGACUAACAAGUGCAUUGAGUUUCCUACAACCCACAAAACCCUGGACAAUAGCAAGCCAGUCUGAUGCUAAAGCUGCAGAGAGGACCUGUAUUUGCAGAAAGGUUUCAAGGAACUUGAUGCUUAUUUUCUUCCUCCACUUUGAUUGAAGCAAGAGAGGAAUGGCCUACAAAAAAUACACUUUUGGUCCUUCUGUGUGUUCAAGUCAAGUGAAUCUCUUUCUAUAGAGAGGACACUCACAGAACCAGCACUUGAUCUACCUGAAAACCAUUAGACUUAUUGAAAUAUGCAGUAAUCUAAUUAGCUUUCUUUCUCACUUAACUUUUUUUGGGGGGUGGAAAGGUUAUAAAAUCCACUGAUUUUUUUUCACUGAAGUUUUUUAAGAGCCAGCAUGUUGGCAUUACACAGAGAAGAAAGGAGGUAAGCUUCUUAUCCCGUUCUCCUGUUGAGAUCUGCAACAGUUAAAUAACAAACAUGUUCUUUAAGCCGUGCCCUUUCCCACUGACAUCAAUAAUGGGGACGCAGAAAGCAGCAGAAGAGAGGAAAGCAGUAACCACUUUGAUGCUCUGCAGGAAAAAUCAAUUUUACCGGCGUGCAACAAAAGCGGUGGGGAAAUAAAUGUUGUGUGCAGGCUUCUGAAUGUUGUGUGCAGGCUUCUGAAGGAGUAAUGCAGAAAUGGGGAGUGAGAGAGGAACCUCUGGAGUUAAGUCAUCCGCAGCAUUCCUCAGAUGAGCAAACGUGGAGGAACGAGAGCUUCUGCUCUACCUUUUCCUACCAGACAAUGCAUUCCUGUUCAGUGAAUGUUUGGAUUUUUUCUCCAUUGCAGUCUUAAGUUACUGUAGGUGUAGAAACACAUUUGUGUCCUUGUAACAUGAAACAAAGCUUCACUCUCUGUAUAGGAAUCUUGAGAAAUCAGUUAAGCCAAAAAUGAAAGGUAAGACAUACCCUGCCAUGCUUUAUUUUCAUGUGCUUUUGCUACAAGCGGAGGUGUUUUCCCUCCUUUAUUAUGUUUUUUAAUUGUAUAGCAGUCUGCUUCACAUAUAUCCUUACCUGAUAUGUGGUUCAGCUGUGUCUUUAACACAGAUGCUCUGGAGAAAAAGAAAAACCAGCUCUGUGGGAUGAGGAAAUGAUCCUCUUUGCCGAGCGUGCUUUGACUUCUGCUGCUGUGCGUCAGCUUUAUUUAAUCUGGUAAUUCAAGAGUGGGUGGUAUGAGGUGUAGGGAGUUUUUUCUCGUAAUGCCCACGUUCAUAUUUACCAAAUGCACUUUUAUUGUCAUUCAGCUCGCUCUAGAAACACGCCCCGACCCCAAACUUUUUCAAGAGCACAAUUUGAACACCCACUUUCUCCUCCAAAGGUUGCAGAAAACCCCAGCGGGUGUCUCGGGCGGCAGAUUGUGGGCAGCAUCCUUCCUCUCCUUGGAUGUGCAAAGGGGACAGCGGCGGCGAGCCCGGGCAGAGCACCCAAACCCAGCAGGGCUGAGCUGUGCACAGGCCCAUACAGGGCUGGGGGAUGGCAGAAGGGCUGGUUGAGCAACCCCAGGUUUUGUAACCCCAGCUGUGGGAUCAGAGAGGGCAGGCACGUGAGAGCGGGGAGCUUCCGAAAACAAACACCCCGGAGGAGAAUCGCCACCUCUCAAGGGUGCCACGGGGCUUGUUUGUACCCGUGGUGGGUUGUCAGGUUACAGUGAACUGGUGAACGCCUGUGUAUUCAUGGUGAAAUAGAAAAAUGUCUGGGUGGCUCCAAGAAGAGACACUCAGCCUGGCACAGGGGUUUUCCCUAAGGCCACGGGGAAUGUCAGCCGGUCGCGGUUUCGGCACAAAACUAAAACUGGUGGUUUCUCAGCUCCACCUGGGACUGUUUGCACCAGCUGUGUGCCAGAAGAUGCAGGAAAGCUAGAAAAGGCAUGGAAACUAAACGAAACUUUAGAAAAUACAAAGCCCCCAGAGACAGCAUAAUAAAUAAAAAAUUGUAUUUUGUGAUAUCUCCUUAUUUCUAACCAAACAUCUUGAUUUUAAGCAGGGGGAGGGAAGGUUUGCCUCUGAGGAGAUCAGGGUCUAGCAGAGUGAUGUAAAAAUGGGUUUGUGUUGUAGCAUCUUGGAUAAGGGAGCUGACAAUUAUAAUUGACAUCCUGGAAUUUGGAAAAUCUUGCAACACUGGAAAAAUUAAAAGUAUGAUCUCUACACGUUGGGGCGUGCUGUAGCAGGUGUUCUUAGUCAUACUUAGGAGGGGGAGGAGGCAUCACAGCAACAUGAGAGAUUUUUCUGGGCUGUGCUGGUAAGUUUGAGGUUUUCCUUUUAAUAUUUAAUUCAUAUUUAAAAAAAAAAGAAAAAAGCUUGAUGAGCAUAGUUGUCUUGUUCUCCUGCAGUGGUGCUGUGUAUGGUUGAGUCAUUUCAUAGAAGUAAAAUAUAUUGAAAUCUACCAAGAACUGUAAGUUCCAGUAACUUGGAAAAUAAUUUUUAAGGUUAAAAAAAGUGCUUUUGAAAAAAAGACAUUAAUUUAUGACUUCUGCAUAUAUAUAAAAAAGCCUUUAUCUCCAACUAUUUCCCUAAACUAUUUAAACUCUAUCAUCUCACCUCUUUCCUGACCUCAUGUUCUAGGAAAGUUUUGCAUGUUCCCAUAAGACAUUUGUAAAAUCAAGGUUUGCUUGUGGUCUUAGAGGAUAAUUGCCAGUAAAAAAAAAAAAAAAGAUUGUAAGUGUGCUUUUUAUCUAUAAUACUAACAUUAAGUAUUAAAUUUGAAGCAUGUUAAAAUUUACUUAAGGAGAUGAUUACUCCCUCCAGUGAGCUCAUGUGUUGGUAUCUGCUUGCACUGUCCCCUUGCUUCUAGGAUGCUUGCCUUGGCACCUGAGGAUGCUAUAGGAAUAGCCAGAUAGCCUACAUAAGCCAAAGAAAGACCAAAAAUAGUUUAAUAAAUGUGUUUAGGACUAUAUUAUGAGACUUCUACUCAUCUUCUGUUUUCAUUUAACACUCUCAUACAAAAGAGUGCAACAGCUUUGGAGACCUGAGAGCUUUACCAGCUACUGAAAAGCAGGGGCAUGGGGCAUGCUGAGGUUCCAGGACUUGUUUAGCCCAAUUUAGGUCUGAGAUGAUGCCACAGGCAUAGGUCAUGCGCUGAAGGAUGAAGGCACUAGGGCUGAGCUGAAGUUCAGGCAGCUCUGCAGCCUGAUUACCAGGGAAUGACUUGACUUAAUUGUUAAAAAUAUGUAUUUUUCUUGCUUAGCUAAUAGUCUAGUUUUUACAGCAGAGACGGGAGCCCAGCAGUGCACAGGCUGAGGCAUGGCAGGGCAAGCACGGGAGCCAUGGAAACUCCUUGAACUUCACAAAUGAAGCUCUGGCUCCUUUCUCACCUCGUGCUACACAUCCAUCUGUGACCUGAUUUUCCAAGCCGAGCUGUGCAGGAGAGUGUGUGAUGUGCUAUGACAGCUUGCAUAUGUGUUGUUAUAUUUAAAGAUAUCUUCACUUUUCCCUUUUCCUGCUAGACUGGCUGCACCCCAGGUGCCCUUACUGUAAGGGCAGCCUGUGCUCCAGCACUCUGGGUGGACACCAGUGAGCAGGGGAGGGACUAAGAGGGUAAGAUGCUCUAGUUGACCAGAUGGGGAGGAAAGCAGGAGAAAGGUGGACUGUAUCCCUGCAGGUUAUUUCUGCUUUGUUUCCAAUAUCUUUGAAAUAAUCAAUGAGAAAAUGUGGUGCCCCCCACAAGGAGCCCAGCCCUCCUCCCGUGACAAUAGAGGGGCUCUGGCUGGGCUCCUGUGGCACCCCCAGUUGAUGUCCCAACCUGUUGGCCAAAACUCCAACCUCACAGGGGCCUGUCAGGUUUAUCUGGUGCCUGUGAAGUGCUGUGAGCUUUUGUAAAACAGCACCUUGUUAUCUAUGUCAGUUGUUUGAUCCUUUUGUUAUCCUACUGUUUUUAAAGCCUGUGACGUUCCCAAACUCUCUUUAUUCUCACCAGUCAAUUCUGCCCUUCUACCCCAUCGAUUACUACUGGUCUUCUCCUCCUCUUGAGAUCUGGGUGAAGGUCCCUGUUGUGCAGGCACCAUGCCAGCCAGCCCCUUGAAGGAAAUUCAUCACCUGGAAUAGUGGAGGUUCCUGGUGGGUUGUGCUCAGCCAAAGCAGGCUCCAUGGCAUGGGGGAAUGCUGUAUAUCCCUGCAUGGAGCAUCAUGUGGCUCCUCAGCCUCCUAGCUUUGUGGAGAUGCCCAAGUGAGCAGAGAUGGAUGUGUAGGUUGUGCAAUAAUGUCUGAAUAUUUAUUCUUUUUAUGGCAAUAAUGUCCAGUGUGUCUGGGUGGGUGGGGGCCUGUAGUGUAAGGUGUUACCCAAAAAUAGUCCCUUCCCUGAAGAGUUAAUAAUAAUUAAGUAUUGAUAUUCCUGCCAAGUAAGAAGUACAAAGGGUUUUAUUGAAAGCUGAAGCUAUUUCAAGCAAUUUCAUUGUAAGCCUGAGGUGUAACAUGAGCCAGUGUCUUACAGCUGAGGCUGGGUUUUUGCAGCCUAAAAAUCUGCUGGAUGUGCAUGUGAAGGGUCCCUUAUUCCUGCCGGGCACAGGCACCCACAGCUUACUACAGCUGAGCCCCUCAGGAGCAAGAAGCAUUUUAAACCUUUGCCUGGAGCUCAGCUGUGUGCAUCGUUUGCCUUUUUUUUUUUUUUUUCUUUUUUCCCCCACUUAUCCCAUGCUCCGGGGCUUGUCUUUGGUCUUCAGCUGCCCGAAUCCCUCAGGGGGACAAAACCCAAACAGAAUCGCUCUGCUGGGCUGUGGAAACGGUACCUGAUGGCUGGAUUUGCUCUCGAUGUCCCAUGCCUGUGUCUGUAACACCCUCUGCCUGUCUCGGGCAGUAAAGGCUUCACCUGCCUGCAGCCUUUGCAUGUACCCGGGCUGCUCUGGGAGGAUCUGGCAGAAAACAGCUCAGCAACCCUCCCCAGGCUUCUGCACAGAAAAGUUGAAAGUAAAGUUGAUGUUCUUUGCUGCUCUCAAGCCAGGGAAGUUUAAUCAGGCAUCUGGGGCCACUGGAGGAAAGCUCCUGUUUGCAGAUCCCUGCGGUUCCUGCGUCGCAAGGUCCCAGCCCAUCACCUGACUGGGCUUGCUUUGAGUUUGCACUGGAAGGUGCUGGAUGAAAAAGGAGCCUGCUUGGUUGCUGCCAGAUCAGCAGGUAGAUUUUUUUUUCUACCCCCUGUGCCUGGGCUUAACUCCCAUCACUGGUAAGAUCUGCCACAGAAGUACUACAAAGGGGAACAAUAUUUCUGAGCAAACUGAGUGAUAGUGUCACUCUUCUGCUUAUCCAGGCAGCCCUGCUGCACUUUGCAAGUAGAUGUUAAAUACUACAAGCUUCUCUGUAUGACUGUGCCUAUUUGGGAUCAGCUGCUGAAGGCCAUGGCUAACCAUGCACAGAAUCCACCAGAACGGGAUCAUUUUAUCCCAGCAGAGAGGGGACGUCUCAGCCUUUUGGCUUGGGAGACUGCAGCAAGCAACAACAACAAAAUAAUUUGUGUGGCUAUAAAAUGAAAAGUCUGUUUCAACUGGCCUGCUGCAAAGUGGACCACACUGGUGUGACCACAUAACCUAAAAAUGCCAGCAGCAACAGGGAUGCAGGUGGUGUGGUGCCCUCCAGACAAUUGGAUCUUUCCAGCCCUUGUGAAACUGCAGCUUGACAGCAGCAGAAUUUUCUUGACUUGUUUUUGAUGUAAGUAUAACACUGUAUCGUAGUUACGUGGUAUAUGCCAAUAUGUUAACAGUGUAUACCGAUUAGUUAGGGUUUGCUAAUGUACUACAUUUCAAUAAAAAGCAAUUUAAAAGUA